UCCUUUAGUAUGACGCAUGCGUGCAAUUAAGGCGAGGCUCGGGACGUGGCGACAUACGCAAAGCCGAAUCGGUUUUUUUCACUGUGGCAUUUUUCAGACAGAUUUUUCUACACCAUUUGUGGCUCCCUAAUACACCUUUUACUGCUUUAGACCCACCUACAGGGAGAUACAAUGAGUUCCACGGGAGAGUUUGGCAAUCCUCUACGUAAAUUCAAGCUUGUUUUCUUAGGAGAGCAAAGCGUUGGCAAGACUUCACUCAUAACUAGGUUCAUGUACGAUAGCUUUGAUAACACAUAUCAGGCCACAAUUGGAAUAGAUUUCCUAUCCAAAACGAUGUACCUAGAGGACAGAACUAUAAGACUUCAAUUAUGGGAUACAGCAGGUCAAGAAAGAUUCAGAAGUUUAAUUCCUAGCUAUAUUAGAGACUCUUCAGUUGCUGUGGUUGUAUAUGAUAUAACAAAUGCUAAUUCUUUUCAACAAACUUCCAAAUGGAUUGACGAUGUACGAACAGAACGAGGUAGUGAUGUAAUAAUUAUGCUUGUAGGAAACAAAACAGAUCUUUCAGAAAAGAGGCAAGUCACAACAGAAGAAGGUGAACGGAAAGCAAAAGAUUUAAGUGUGAUGUUUAUUGAAACUAGUGCAAAAGCAGGAUAUAAUGUCAAACAGCUGUUCCGUCGAGUGGCUGCUGCAUUACCUGGAAUGGAGCAGGAAACCAAGAAACCAGGAGAAAUGACAGAGGUAAAGUUGAAGGAGACGCCAGCCGAGCCUCAAACGCAAGAAGGCAGCUGUAGUUGUUGAUGUAAUAAUACAAAUAAUUCAUCCCUUGUUGAGUAUCAAAAAGAAAAAAAAAGAAAAGAAAAAAACAAAACAAACAAAAAAUGAGAGAAAGAAAAAAACAUUUUAUUAUUACGGAAUAAUGCAAAUGGGGAAAUAUGUAUAGAAAAAAAAAUAAUAAUAAAAAUUUCAAAAAAAAAAAAGAGAAAUAAAAUAAAAUAAA